CAAAGGAAUAGUGCUUAUUGGUUCGGCUUCUUGAUUCAGCUGUUGCUGCCGCCACCGCCGCUGUUGCAACCAUCACCAUGUUACAAUUUCUGCUAGGAUUUACACUCGGAAAUGUGGUUGGGAUGUAUCUGGCUCAGAACUAUGAUAUCCCGAAUUUGGCCAAAAAGCUUGAAGAGAUUAAAAAAGAUGUAGAUGCCAAGAAGAAACCUCCUAAUUCUUAAUGUCAACAUCAUCUAAUGUCGUCUGGAUGCUCUCCUAUUCUCUUCUCCAGGAUUGGAUUACUUUCUUCACCCCAAGGUUGCCUUUGAGCUAAAAUACACCCGUCAUACCAAAACAACCCUUUACUACUCCUCUUGGACUCCUUUGACCUCUAUACAUGUGUGGGAGAUUCUGAUACUUGAAUUACGGGUGCUUGACUAGGAAAUGCUAGUUUGAUUAGUGGUCUCUCCCCUUACCUUUUAAAUUGUGGAUUUCUAGAAAAUUUCUGAAGUUGCUUUUUAUAUGGCUGAACAGAUAGGAGUAAUAUUAAUUCUCUAAUUAUGUCUACCACUCUGGAUGCUUUAUAAGCAUUUAGUAUCAAACAGUUUUGUUCCAAAUCAAUUAAAACCAUUAUGUAGCAACUGA